AUGAUGGAAGAUGAAGUGCAAAAUUUGCUGAAACUCAAAAGUGAAGAUUUUUAUACAAAUGUUGAAGAACAAUAUGGAAAAAAUGUUGUAAAAGUUCUAAAAUAUCAUGACAUCGAUAGUUAUUUUAUUUUGGGUGAAACUGAUGAAGAUUCAUUAUUUAGUGUGUUUGAAAAACCGAAUGAUGAAAAUUCUUCAGAUGAGAUGAUUAACCUAAAGAAAGAUGUUUGUACUUUUGUUGGUGAAAAAGUGUCAUUAAAAAUCGGAACAAAAGGAAAACUUAUGAUAUUGUUGAAUGAGGCUCAUGCCAUUAUUCAGAAAAGAAAACAACAACAAUUAGCUGAAAAAAGGUUAAAUCGUUAUAAUAGAUCUCGUUCACAAUCUUCAUCAACAUAUAGUAGUGGAACUACUGAAAUCAACGUGAAAGAAUGUUAUACAUCCAUUGAAAGAUCAAUUAUUAAAUUAUUAACCAAUAUUAAUAAUAAAAUUCAUGGUAUGAUCAUGACGAAUGUAUCAUCGAAUGAUUUUAAAAUUGAUGUUAAAUUUGUCAAUGAUGAUGUUGAACCAACUUGCUUGAUUCAAUGUAUAUGUGGUGAUCGAGUCAGAUUGUAUUAUAGACAGAAUGGAUUUCAAAUAUCGAAUCUUUCAAAACAUUUAAAAUCUAUUUACAAUAAAUCAGAAUUUGUUCAGAUCAACGAAGAGAAAAUUAAAAAUGGCUCAGAAUCAUCAAAUGAUAUGGUUAUAGAUGAAGAAUGUUCAGUUAUUGAUAAACUACAUAAUAAAUAUUCAUCCAUUAACAGUGAUACAGAUAUGGCUUCUACAUCAAUAAAAAAUACAAAAACGUGA